AUGGAAGCCACAACAGAAAUAUACCCAAUAGAUGAUGCAUAUGGAUUAUUCUUAUGGAUUGGAACUCCAGUGCAAAUUAUAUUAGUUAUGUUGGACAUAGGAAGUCCAAUUUCUUGGUCACAAUGUGACCCAUGUAAUAGUUGUUACCCUAUGCAACGUUCUCCCUUUAAUACUAGAGCAUCAAGUACCUUUAGAGAACUUGGUUGUUACUCAGAUACAUGUUUGAUUCCAAUGAUGAGGAAACUUUUUGGUAAUUGCACUGGAUGGACAUGUAGAUAUAAUGUGAAAUAUGGUAAGGAUCAAUCUCAUUCUUUUGGUGUAAUGGUGACUGAUACACUUAACUUUGAAAAUUCUAAUGCAGAGGUUGAGAAUUUCAUCAUUGGUUGUGGAGAUUCAUUUGAGGGUCCAUUUAGGACUCAGUUUUCAGGUGUUUUUGGUUUAGGACGUGGUCCACUUUCAGUUCAAAGUCAACUCAAUGCAAAGGCUUUUUCUUUUUGUCCUGUAAGUCAAGAAUCAGAAAGACAUUCAAUUCUUGAGUUUUAUGACACUCCACCUAAAAUAGUGGACAAACAUGGUAGUGUUGGUGAUAAUAGUUCUAUUAUGGUUCCUUUAAGUGAGAACAGUGGAUACCCUUUUUAUUAUUUUUUGCAAUUUGUUGGCAUAGGUAUUAAUGGGUUUAUGUUGGAUAUUCAAUCUAGAGUUUGGGGGUAUGGCGUGAACUAUGAUGGUGGGGUUAUUGUAGAUAUUGGAACAAUGCUAACUUAUUUACCAAGUGAAGCUUAUAAUGUGUUCAAAUCGGAGAUACUAAGAACAGAUCAUAACCUGACAACAAAGCCAGGAUACGAGGGGUUAGAGUUUUGUUAUAAAGAUGAUUCAUCUAAUGUAUUUCCAACUAUUGAACUUUAUUUUGAAAAUGGAAAUAUUGCAGGUGAGAAUUUUGUGUCUUACAAGUUGAACAACAAUCAGUUACUCUUCACAGCAGAAGAAGGAACAGUUUGUCUAUCGUUUGCAGAAGGAAAAAGUUCUGCUCUAACUGUGAUUGGUAGUCACCUACUUCAAGGAACUUUAUUGAUGUAUGAUCUGGUCAAUGAGAACCUUGUUCUUACAUUUAAUAAGUGUUAG